CCGACGCCCCCUGUAAACCACAGCACCACCGCGUAGCCCGCCAACCAGAGCAUCCCGCCCGCUCUCGCCUCGGUGUCGCCGCCGCCCAUGGCCGUCGCCAAGAGCAAGGCAGGCAAGCACGCCGCCCCGCUGCUCGGCAAGUACGAGCUCGGCCGCCUCCUCGGCCGCGGCACCUUCGCCAAGGUCUACCACGCGCGCUCCCUCGUCGGCGGCGAGGCCGUGGCCAUCAAGGUGCUCGACAAGCCGGAGCUGGCCGCCACGGCCGGCAUGGACGCGCGCGUGCUCGGCGAGGUCUCCGCCAUGCGCCGCCUCCGCCACCCCAACGUGCUGCGCCUCCACGAGGUGCUCGCCACGCGCUCCAAGGUCUACCUCGUCAUGGAGCUCGCCCCCGGCGGCGACCUGCUCUCCAGGCUCGCCUCGCUCCCCAAGCGCCGCCUCCCCGAGCACGCCGCGCGCCGCGUCUUCCUCCAGCUCGUCUCCGCGCUCAUCUACUGCCACGCGCGCGGCGUCUCCCACCGCGACGUCAAGCCGCAGAACGUCCUCAUCGACGCCGACGGCAACCUCAAGGUCUGCGACUUCGGCCUCGCCGCGCUCCCGGAGUCCCACCGCGACGACGGACGCCUGCACACCGCCUGUGGGACGCCCGCCUUCGCCGCGCCCGAGGUGCUCCGCCGCAAGGCCUACGACGGCGUCAAGGCCGACGCAUGGUCCUGCGGCGUCAUCCUCUACGUCCUCCUCGCCGGCCGCCUGCCGUUCGACGACUCCAACAUCGCCGAGAUGUGCAGGAAGGCGCACCGCCGCGAGUACACGCUCCCGGAGUGGGUGUCCCAGCCGGCGCGCCGCCUCGUGAGCCGCCUGCUCGACCCCAACCCAGCCACCCGCCUCACGGUCGCCGAGCUCUCCAGCCACCCGUGGUUCAAACGGUCGCUCAGCCUCGACUCGCAGCUCGGCAGCCUCCUCGGCGGCGCGCCGGAGCGCGACCUCCUGUUCCAGGCCCCGCCGACGCUCAACGCGUUCGACAUCAUAAGCAUGUCGCCGGGGCUCGACCUGUCGGGACUCUUCGGCGAGAACCGGCGGAGCCGGGAGAAGCGGUUCAUGACGACGGCGACGCCGGAGCAGAUGGUCGAGCAGCUCGGGCACUCGGGUGCAAAGCUCGGUUACUUCAUGGUGGGCAAGAAAGGAGUAGAGCGGCUGCCACUAGGCGGCCUGUCGGGGCUCGUGGCCAUGUCCAUGGAGAUGUCGGAGGUGGCGCCGCCCCUGAUGCUCGUCGAGCUUCGGCUGGAAGCAGGCGACGACGAGGAGGUCCAGGCGUUCGGAUGGGACGAGCUCAGGACGGAGCUUGGGGAGGUGGUCAUGGCGUGGCAUGGCUGCGAGGAAUUGCGGACGGGGGCGGGGGGCGGCGCGCUCGGGUGCAAGUGCCUGUUCGGGCUCGGCGUGCCGGAGAUGGUCGUCAUCGCCGGCGUCGCCGCGCUGCUGUUCGGGCCGAAGCAGCUCCCCGAGAUCGGCCGCAGCGUCGGCAAGACCGUCAAGAGCUUCCAGCAGGCAGCCAAGGAAUUCGAAACAGAACUGAAGAAAGAACCUGAGGAAGGCGGCGACCAGCCUCCACCCACAACCCCCACCGCGGUCAGCAGCAGCGACGAUGAAGAGAAAAAGGAGCUAGAGGCAUCGAGUAGGAAAGAGAGCACAUGAGGACCAGGCCAACCAUCGCGAACUAGAAGAGUAAAGUUGUGUAUGUAAAAACAUCGUGAUGUUCUAGCACAUUGCUCCCUGUUUUUGUUCUUCUUGCAGGCCAUGCAGCAAUAUUGUUUGUAACCGGCGAAAAUGUGUCCCCCCUGAAAUACCAUGUUGCUAAUGUAUGAGUUUAAUUGUGUACAUCAAUGUAUGAGGUUACUUUUGUA